AUGUUACCGGAGAAAACGCAAGUACCUGAAAUCAAAAAGAGGGAACAAGAAGAAAAGAAGAACGAAGUAACAGUAUUCGUAAAUCAAAACGAUACUGACACACCAAUGUAUUCUAUGCCAUUGGAUACACUGAGAGCAAUCCCGUUGCACAAGCAGCAAAAGUGGAGCGCGAUGUUUAAACAAUUACGAAGAGGAGAAAUUCCCAGGAUGGAACAUCACCUGAAGAUUGAUGAUUUUAUGCCAGGAGUAACAUCAAAAACAUCCGAGAAGGCUGGGCAAUCCAAUAUGGAAAACCUGGAAAACAAGAUACAAGAGAACGUUAGUUUACAAGAAACAGCAAGAAAAAGAAAUUUAGAAUGCGAGAGGAAUAAAUCUCCGUACCUAAAAGAAAAUAUUAGUGAUGAAGAAAUUCAUUCCGAGAGGAGUAGCAGUAAUACCAGUAGUCCUGUCACCUGUCACGAACACACUUUACCUGAAAAGAAGAAAAAAAUUAGUUUCACAAUUUGUCGUGAUUCAAUUGGUGAUUCCGUGGAUAAAAAUACAUUAUUCAUGGAUAAUUCAUCACCUAAUAACAAGAAAAAUAAUACUACUAUCAGAGAUGGCGCUACUAGCAAAUGUAUCAACGCAAGAGACUUAGCGCUGGGCUCAGAAGUGACAACAAGCACAGUUGCAUCUCAACCACCGAACGUAAAAGAUCGUACGAAAGAGACAAAGGUGCAGAAUAUCAAUAAAUCCCAAGAUAUUCCAGCAGAGAGAAGGGACAGAGCGUCAAGUUCGGUAAAUCAAGGAAAAUCACACGCAAGGAGAGCGGAUAAAGAAGGGGCACGUGAGAGAUACGCAGUUACAGAAAUCUCACGUAAGUGUUCAACAUUGAAAGAACAGGAUAAGCAAUAUUCAUCCAGUGAAUGGUUUAAUAACUACAUAAAUCAUAUAAAUAUAGAUAUAGCAAGAAUUGAAAAUAUGGAAGGGACGAGCCAACAACGUGCUACAUUACGAAGACUAAAAGAAAGGGAGAAAAAACUAGUUGAGGAGAUAAGAGAAAAAUCUACUAUGGUAGCAAUAAUUGAAAGUACUGAGAUGAGGAUCCAGGCAAUGGAAUCCGAAUUGGCAAAGCUUGCUGACGUCGACGAAGAAGAUAUAAAAGACGCCCUUAAGGAUGAACAAGUUCGAGCAAAGAAGGUAGCAAAUGCGUUACAUAGCCUUAAAAAAGCAAGUGUGCGCAAUGUGAGUGGUUAUGAUUCAGUCAAUUUACAAAACAAGAAAGGCGAAGAAGUAUGCGAGAUAACAACCACAAUAUCACUUAAAGAUCUCAUGCCACGCAACGAUACAGCGGAGCGAGCGUAUAACAUAUCCUUCGACAUCAUUAACGGAAGGAUAACAAGGGCGGCUACAGUAAUGGGAUCCGGAAUAAUAAAAACAGAAACAAUUACCGGAGCGUCCAGACAGGUAAUAACUAAAAAAGACAAUAUAAGAAGAUCAAAGGAGGAACAAGAAUAUGUGGAACCAAUUAUAGAGCACGUUCGUUCACCUUCUCCAGCGUUGUCAUCAACAUCCACAAUAAUAAGAAAAGAAAGACAACUUAAAAGAAGCGACAAGAGAAAAAGGAUGGAGAAGCCUGCAACUAAGCGAAUAAAGUAUUCGCCCAUAAUAUUUGAACAGCAGGAAGAUCAAGACGAAGAGUGGCUACCGGAAAAAGAACAAUAUAAGAAGAAAAGAUCAAGAUGGAACGACACACCGGAGAAAAUUAAAACUCCUAGUCAAUUAAUACAACGUCCCAAAAAUGAAAAAGGGCUUUAUAUCCAGAGGAAUAAAGAAAACCUACAAGCUUUUGCUAACAUGCUGAUUCCGGAUAAAGGUAACAAAAAGAAGAUGGUGACAGAUAAAGAAUCCAAGAAUACACCAGGCAAACCGACCAUCCGUGACAUAAGCAUAAUCCUCGACUCGCCUCUAUCAAGGCAAGCGAGGGCGAGGAGGAUGUAUCCGACUGCAAUAUUGCAGCCGUCAACAAAAAAUGUCCCGAAUGAAAAAACGUCAGCGGAGAGGGCGGAGCAAGCGCUCGAAGUGGUCCGCAGGUGGAUGGAGAGGCGAGAGGCGGAAGAGCGCCGCCCGACGGCUGUUCCGGAGGUCGCGGCGGAAGAAGAGGUGGAGGAAGCGGAGAGCCCGAGGUACGAGCUACUGACACCACUUCACAUGGAGGAGAACGUCGUGGAAGAGUAG